AUAUUAUCUAUAUAUGUUAUCUAACUUAGAUUAUAACACUUUUUAUUAUAAAACUUAGAUUCUAAGUGUUAUCAAUUUAAAUUAAUCAAAAUCGUAGAUACGUUAUGGCAGAUAAUUAUUAUAUAGCCACACGCAAAAGAUCAAACCCUAGUACAAGUUCAGUAUCAUUAUGGAGAAAAAGGAGGUUAGCUGUUAUACAGAUGUCUGUAUCUACACAAAGUUCUUCAGAGGUAACAAGAAAUGAACAAAGUGAUGAUAGUUUUACAGAUAUUUCAAAUGAUGUAGAAGAUAAUGAUUUUCUAUUUAUUAAAAGUGAUUUGAGCAAUUGCAAUAGUGAAGUAGAUGUUUCUUUAACUUCCUCAGAAAGUGUUUCUUAUGGUAAUAAAGAAGAUGAAAAUAAAAUUUAUGAUAAAAGCUUAUGUUCUAAACUGCGUUGUUGGGCUCUUACACAUAGAUGUACAAGGCAAUGUAUUAAUGGUGCAUUAAAGUUGUUUUUGGAGUGUAAGCAAAGUGUACCAUUAGAAUCUAGAACAAUUAUUAAAAACAAAAAGAAGUAUUGCAAGUAUCAAUAUUGAAGGUUACGGUGACUAUAUUUACUUGGUUUAAAAAACACAAAUUGAAAAACAAAUUUCUUCCAAAUCAAUCAAAGAAACUUCUCUUUAUUUAACUUUUAAUAUUGAUGGAAUACCUUUGUUCAAAUCAAACUCUACCCAACUAUGGCCAAUACUUGCUUCAAUUUUAAGAAUGGAACCAUUUGUUGUUGGUUUAUAUUGUGGUAAUAAAAAGCCACCAUGUGAUGUGUAUUUGUGUGCCUUAGUAAAUGAGUUAAAUGAAUUGCAACAUAAUGCUCUUCAUGUCAAUAACAUUGAUUACAUUGUUACUGUUUAUGCAUUUGUUUGCGAUGCUCCUGCUAGAGCAAUGUUAAAAGGAAUCAUUAGUCAUUGUGGUUUCCACUCAUGCGAAAGAUGUACAAUGGUAGGAAGGAGUUUAAAAAAUCGUAUUGUUUUUUCCCACCAUGAAAAAAAUGUUAUUUUAAGAACAGACCAGAUCUUUCGGACAAAUGGUUACUUUUUCAAAGAUGAUAAUAAUAGAUCUCACCAAAUCAGCAAAAGUCCAUUACAUGAUGUUGAGCCCAUUGGUUUUGUGAGUAUGUUUCUGCUUGAUUAUAUGCAUCUUGUUUGUCUCGGUGUUAUGCGGAGAAUAUUAUAUUUUCUAAAGGGCAGUAUCAAAGGCACAAGUUCAGGUAAACUAUCAGCCAACAUGGUCAACCAGGUGUCUGAGAAGCUUACCAGUUUGAAUGGUAAACUCCCAAGUGACUUUGUUAGACAGCCACGGAGUCUUGUUGAGUUAGAUAGAUGGAAAGCUACAGAAUUGCACUCAUUUUUGCUUUACACUGGUAUUUUUGCCCUUAAAGAUGUUGUUGAUAAUUCUGUUUACAAACAUUUUUUAAGUCUGUGCCUUGCUAUAAGAUUUCUGUGCGAAAGUGAUGAUGCUACUCGCAACUCAAAUCUUCAGAAUGCAGAACGCUUACUAAGAUACUUUGUAACUAAUUCAGUAGAUGUGUAUGGCCAUUUGUUUUGUGUCUAUAAUGUACACAGUCUUUUGCACCUUUGUGAAGAUGUUCAGAAUUAUGGUGUGUCUCUGGAUAAUCUCUCCGCAUUUAAGUUUGAAAAUUAUCUUCAAAAAUUAAAAAAAAUGAUCAGUGGAACAAGAAAUCCAUUGAUACAAGUGGCCAAAAGACUUGACGAGCUGAAUGAUUUUCAUCAAACACCAAAAAACACUUUCCGCAUUAGUGUUUCUGAUAAAGAUAAUUGUUUUAUAUUUAACUCAAGUGUUGUAUUUGUUAAAAACGUUGUUGGUGAUCAAUUUCAUUGCAUUAAAUUCAAGAAGCAUUCUUUGGACAAUUUUUUUACUGAUUUUGUGCAAUCAAAGGAUAUUGACAUAUUUUUCUUACGCAAAAAUGCUAUUUCUACUCCUUGUGUCAAGCAAAAACACGAUAUUUUGCGGAAGUGUGUCUGCAUGCCUACACAUAAUGGAUUUGUUAUAUCAGCUCUAGUUCACUAUGUUGAUACAAGACAGUUAUAGACAAUUAUAUUUUUUUGAUAAUAGUCAUAGCAUUUUAUAUUUAUGUUUCAUGGUUGAAGAUUUUCAGUCAAAAAAUUUAAUCUUGUUUUUAUAAACGUGUGUUAUUAAUUAUUUCCAUUGACAGAAAAUUACCAUUUUCCUCUAGACAAAAUGUUAAUUUUCAAAAAUAAGAAUAAAUGAGACUAAGUUAUAAAAUA